UAUCCACUUCCCUGCAGACCGCACGCAAGACGCAAACAAGAACGGCCGCCGGCCGUCUCGCGCCGAGACACGUACCAGGGCUCGCAGCCGAAAAUGGACUCGCUACCGCUGAGCCUCACGGUGCUGCUCCCCCUUUCGCUUGCCCUGCUGCUAGCGCUCCACCUCGCGCGCCAGCGCCGCGGCGCCGGCGGCAAGAACCGGAAGUACCCGCCCGUGGCCGGCACCGUGCUACACCAGCUGCUCAACUACGACCGCUUGAUGGAGUACCAGACCGAGCUCUCCCGCAGGCACCGCACCUUCCGCGUGCUCACCCCGACCGGCAACGACGUCUACACCGUCGACCCCGCCAACGUGGAGCACGUCCUCAAGACCAGCUUCGCCGACUACGGCAAGGGGGCGACGAUGCACGACGUGAUGGAGGACCUCCUCGGCGACGGCAUCUUCAACGUGGACGGCGACAAGUGGCGGCACCAGCGGAAGGUCGCCAGCCACGAGUUCUCCGUCCGGGUGCUGCGUGACUACAGCAGCGGCGUGUUCCGCGACACCGCCACGGAGCUCGCGGGGAUCGUGGCCGCCGCGGCGCGGGGCGACGGGGGGAUCAGGGUGGACAUCGCAGACCUGCUGAUGCGGUCGACGCUGGACUCCAUCUUCAAGGUCGGGUUCGGCGUCAACCUGGGUUCGCUGUCCGGGUGCAGUAAGGAGGGCGCGGAGUUCGCCAGGGCGUUCGAUGACGCCAGCGAGCAGGUGAUGUACCGGUUCUUCGACUUGCUCUGGAAGGCCAAGAGGCUCCUCAACGUCUCGUCGGAGGCGGCCAUGAAGCGCUCGGUCCGCACGAUCAACGACUUCGUGUACGCCGUCAUCGACAGGAAGAUCGAGCAGAUGAGCAGCGACCAACAAGAAUUCGCCAAGAAAGAGGACAUCUUGUCGAGGUUCCUGCUCGAGAGGGAGCAAGACCCCGGCUGCUUCGACAACAAGUACCUGCGGGACAUCAUCCUCAACUUCGUCAUCGCCGGCCGCGACACCACGGCGGGGACUCUGGCCUGGUUCCUCUACGUGCUCUGCAGGAACCAGCACAUCCAGGAAAAGGUCGCGCGGGAGGUGCGCACCGCCGCCGCCACAGGCGACCGCGACGUCGGCGCCCAGGAGUUCGUCGCGAGCCUGACGGAGGACGCCAUCAGCAAGAUGCAGUACCUGCACGCCGCGCUGACGGAGACCCUCCGGCUGUACCCGGCCGUGCCCAUCGAUCUCAAGUGCUGCUUCUCGGACGACACGUUGCCGGACGGCUACGCUUUGAAGAAAGGGGACGCGGUGCACUACCAGCCGUACGCCAUGGGCAGGAUGGAUUUCCUAUGGGGCGCGGACGCUGAGGAGUUCAGGCCGGAGAGGUGGCUCGACGACGAUGGCGUAUUCGUCCCUGAGAGCCCCUUCAAGUUCACGGUUUUUCAGGCAGGGCCUCGCAUCUGUUUGGGAAAGGAAUUCGCGUACAGGCAGAUGAAAAUCUUCGCGGCUGUGCUUCUCUACCUCUUCAGAUUUGAAAUGUGGGAUGCCAACACCACCGAGGGCUACCGGCCUAUGCUCACGCUUAAAAUGGACGGGCCGCUCUAUGUUCGUGCGUCGCCCCGGCGGGCAUCGUGCUGUACUCGUGCCUGAGAUCAAAAGGUCAAACGUCUGCAUCUCUUUUUAUCCGGCAAUGGGAGAACUGAGAAGUAGUCCGGCCUCUGCCUAUGUGGAGGCAUGACUCUUUAUUACUUCCUCUGGCAGUAAAAUUACUAUUCGUUUUGAUUUUUCUAGGUGCACCUAGAUAUAUAUUAUAUCUAGAUACAUAGCAAAAGUUAUGCGCCUAGAAAAAUCAAAAUGAAUAGUAUUUUAGGAUGAAGGGAGUAUAUACAAAAUUGUAAGUCACUUUAGUUGUUCGAAACGUCAAGUGAUCGAGGACGGUGGACGGAUGUAGUACUUUGCUAGUCAUAUAUAAAGCAAAUAUGAUUAAUAUAUUA